AUGAUUGAUCUCGUCACCGUCAACAGCGGUCUGUCCUCGAAACUGGCCCUACCGCACCACUACUGCUACUUCCUGGUCUUGGUCGCUCCAGCUGCCUAUCACCCACCGUCGAGCUCUACUAACCGCAGUCCUACUACCAGCAACAACCCCAACAGGGUUACUACCAACAAGGGCCUCCUCCCCAAGGCUACUACCAACAACAACCACAACCAAUGUACGUUCAACAACAGCCAGCCCGUGGUGGUGGCGGAGGCUGUUGCUCGUCCUUCUGCGGUUGUUGUGCAGCCAUCAUCUGUUGUUGUUGCGCCGAAGAAUGUCUUGAAAUGUUGUGUGUCUAAUAAAUAG